AUGUAUCGCGCUUUAUCUCCGGCGGAGCUCAGAUGGCUCCCACCUAUACCCUCAUCGUUGCCAUCUUCGUAUCCCAUCAAGUCUCGGAUCUCUGAUUCUUCUUCUCUUGAUAUCACUUUGCCUUUGUAUUGUUCCGAAAAUCCACCACUUAUUGUGAUCUGUUUGCGAUUUGGUGCCCCUGGGGUCCGAUUGGCUAAGUUGCGUGAAGUAAUUGCAACUCGUCUUUUGCCCCGUCACUCCACACCGUCUUCAUUGGCUUCCAGUCCGCAUGGAUCGUGUUUCAGUGACAAAUGGACUGUCAGUGGAAGUGGCUUUCCCGGAGCUACUGCAUCUGCCGGAGGGACACGUCCCCGAGCCAAUUCCCUCAUACCUCCAGAAGACACUUUGAUGCGUCUCACACAGUGCCUGACCUGUCUGUCUACUGGUUACGCUUGGCAGCCGUGUAAUGCUUUUCGAUUGGACGAACAUGUACUUCCCGUGCCAGCAGUCUGCCUGCCCAGCUCGGUUGAAAAAACUGCCCGAACUUCGUCUUCGCAGUGUAAUCAACCAGAAUCUCUUCGAGAUCGUCCCGUUCCGGUUCGAGCGGAGUCGGUAGUGUCCGCAAUCAGUCGAUUGCCGUUUUUACUACAUCGACCACUGUGGCAGGUGUAUCUGUUGGAGCAAUAUCAAGAUGUAAGUUUGGGGUAG